GGAUUUAUAUUUUUUCGCAACUUUCUAAUUUGUCUUCAGUCUUCAUUUCUCAAGCAUGUCGUCAGGCAUUCAGGAAGGGGACCAUGUCCUUUUUAGAAGGGAAAGAUCGUCUAGGGUCUUUCAUAUUCGUAAAAACAGACAGGUGUAUUUCGAAAAGACAAAGUUCAGUGUGGAGGAGUUGAUUGGUCAACCGUAUGGGUCAACAUUUGAAAUCGACAGAGGGAAGCUAAUCAAAGUUGAAACAAACAGGAAAUUGGAGCUUGAAACUGGAGAAGCAGCUGCCCCAAGUGCUGACAACCGGAAUCUCCUUGACCUGGACAGCAAUCAAAAGAUGUCAAAAGAUGACAUCAUGAAGUUAAAAGAAGAGGGAAUCACAGGGAAAAAAAUCAUUGAGGAACUAAUUGAAAACAGUGAAACUUUCAGAAACAAGACAGAAUUUUCUCAGGCAAAAUAUGUCAAAAAGAAGAAGAAAAAGCAUGUACAGGCUUUCACAGCCUUGCGUCCAACUCCGAGACUGGUUUUAGACAUCUUUGCUAAAGAGCCAGGAAAAAUCUGCUAUCUGCGUCCUGAUAGUUUGUCACAGUUGUUAAACUACAGCAAUGUCAUGUGUGGAAGUCAAGUAGCUGUCGCAGAAUCAUGCCAAGGACUGGUCUUAGCUUGCGUGCUGCAGCGUUUGGGUGGCAGUGGUAAACUGAUCCAGCUUAUUCCAAACAACAACAACACAGUAUGCAGACAGGUGAUGAACUACUUCAGUUUUCCCAAAGAUCAUUGGGACUGUGUGUACUACUAUCCGCUGGAUUGUUUGUCAGCGUUAGAGCAAGGUGCUACUGAGCCACAAACAGCGUUGUCUUCUGCUGCUGCUGAAGCCAAAGAGUCUGUGGAAGGGAGAGAUAUCUCCGAGUCUGUCUCGUCUGAGGCGGCCAAUAAUGCUCCAGAAGUAGAAGGGACCCCUGGAUCUACCCCUUCGGAGGCAAACAGCACUCCAGUGAUAAAAGGGACUUCAGAGUCCACCCCCAUGGACGCAAAUGACACUGUGGUGGAGAAAUUAGCCGCUAAAUCCACUGAUUCGCCCCUGACCACUGGCCCAGUUGAAGAAGCUGGCGUGUCAGGUGAUACAACAAAGGAAAGUGGUUGCCCUGGGGCAAAGGAGGAAGUGCAGGAUGAUGCAGGUCCUUCUGAUGGGGAGAGUGGAGAGGCAGAAACUGCUGAGGUUGGAGAGAAACGCCCUUUUGUGCCCAACAGGGAAAUUCAGAGACAAGCUCGUGCCAUACGUCAGAAAGAAGCAGGUGAUGCUAUUGCAGGCAAGCACUUGGACAGUCUCAUUAUUGCUUGCAAGUUCAACCCAGUUCCAGUCUUGAAGAAAAUGUUGAAGUUCAUGCUCCCAUCCAGACCAGUGGUGGUUUUUUGUCAGUUUAUUGAUCCUCUCAAGGACUGCUACACUUACGUCAAAGAGGAGCACCUUGGGCUGCAGGUGCGGCUGACAGAGACCUGGUUCAGGGAGUAUCAGGUGCUGCCUCAAAGAACUCACCCAGAGAUGAACAUGAGUGGAACAGGAGGCUACUUGCUCACUUUUAUGACUUCAAAACCAUUCGAAUCGGAGAAAAAGUCUUAAGUUGAAAAUGUAGAAAUAAAACAUUCAAGAGCAUUAUCCUUGUGUUGUUUUUAUUAUUGUUAAUUGUUAGUGUAAUGUAAUCAUUUCUUUGAAAUCGUUAUAUCAUGUUACAAAUGGUUGGGGAACAAUUUGAUGUAGCCUGAUGGGAAUAUAAGGUUUGUUUCAUAGAAAAGUGUGACUUAAAGAGAGACAGUGUACUGUCGAGCACGCACAAAGUAAAAUCAGCAGUACACGAAAAUCUUUUUGUAAUGGGCGAAUUUUGCUAUGUCUGUUUUAAAAACAAAGAAUGUACAUGUUUAAGAAACAAUUUGGGACCUGAAAAUCUGUUCCUUGUGUGCAUGCUAGACAUGUGUGUGUGUGUGUGUGUGUGUGCCUAAAGAAAGGUACCAAAAGUCGCCACAGACCAUUUUGAGCUGCAGGCUGAUGAUGACAAAAAAAUCACUUUUGUGACCAAAAUGAG